AUGUCGAGAUCGAUAAGCAUGUCAUCGGCGUCGACCCAGCAGCCCGAGGCUGUGGCCGACAAGGUCCUCAAGAGAACCGAGGUGGGCAAGAUGGCCCGCCAGCUCCAGAGCCGCCUGGCACUGGCACAAUUCAAGGCCAAGCGAGGCUGGGAAGACCUGUCACUGGACGUUAUCGAGCCCAAGAUCGAGGAAGAGCUUCGCCAGCGAAAGGCUGCCAUCCGCCGCAGACGCAUUGCCGACGGCGAAAUCCUAUCCGACUCCUCGUCCAGUGCAUCCGACCUGCCAUACCCCACAAGAGCCCUGAUGAGCUCUCCGCUAAAAGCACCCUUGUUCUCUGAUGCCAUCGGCUCCAGCAACGGCAGUACCGGCCACCGCAAACGCACAUACAUCUCCAGCUUCGACGUCGAUGUCAACCUGUCCUCCAGUCCCACCAAGCGUUACAGAGUCUCCCCCACAGCCCACAAGUCCUUCUCAAACCACGUAUCGUGGAGUGACAACCACCAGCUUGCAAAAUCGUCGCCCAUCAAGCAACGCCGCCAAACACACUUCAAAACCUCGACUGGCCCCGACGUGUCCUUCUUCCAGUCAUCGACGGAUCUCGGCCGCAGCCUUGCUUCACCCAACUUCACCGCCCCCGACGAGGAUGAUGAAGACCUCCUACCUGCCCAUUCCUUCCAAGUUAAUGGCUCGAGGUCAUCCCCGCCCAGUACACCCCCAAUGCGCAACCGGCGCCUCCCCCCGAACAAUUCUGUUGGGAAGGACGGGCCGAACUUUGAGUCAAGAGACGAAGGUGCACAGCUGCUACUAUACAUGAAGUCGUCACCGACUCCGGCCAAUCUGCCCCCCAGGAGUCAGAUGGAGCCACCGUCCACGCCGCCCCCGAAGCAUCUUGGCUUCACGCCACAGGCCAUGUCGACGCCCAACCUGAACAAUCCUUUGUUCCCCCACACGCCAGGCCAGGGCUUUGACUUUGCCGAUUACCUCACCUUCACGCCCAGUCCGGCGCAGAAGACCUGGAAGACUCCCAACGGCAUUGGAUCGGCCAGGACUCCCCGAACCGUGGCGAGGAGACGGCUCGGAGCUUUUGACCAGCCAUGA